UGCCUUCGUGGACUCUUCUUCUCGACACAAACAAACGAAAGCUUCUUCGUCCCCAAACACAAACCGUGUCACACUUGGCAGUAUUAGCAGAAAAGCUGUGAUAAUCCCCGUCUCCCUGCUCCAAAAUGAAGCCUUGCCCACUGCAGAAAGAGAUCCAAACAACAAGCGACACGAUCGCCUCUUUGCGGGAGCGCGUUAAGCGGAUGGAGCGAAAUUUGAACGAUCCCAGCCUUCCCGAAGAAAGAAGGCGUGAAAUGGCACUGGAGCUGAAGGAAAUCUCCAAACUGCUGGAAACGAACGAGGAGCAGCUGAAGAAAAUGCACAAGGAAAACUCCAAAUCGUUUGCCGUGGCUGCCUGCCUGUUCUUCAUCUGCUUCCUCGUCUACGGUCUGUACGUGCUGGUGAAUGGUGUCUGACCGGAACUUCCUGAAACACAAAAUACACCACAACAUGCGUCCCCAACCCCAGCGGGCUGGCGUGUAACCACAAACCCUCAAUGCGUGCGUGCGUUCGUGCGUGUUCAGGUGCUUACCCUUUUUGACAAUUUUAUUUCGCAUUCGUUUCGUGUAGUAUCUAUCCGCUUGCAAACUCUGACUCAAACUUUUAUAGUAAAUGAACUUGUCUCUUAUGGCUAAGGA